ACGACCGAACGUGUGUGAACGGAAUGUAACUGCUAGUACAUGCCUCCACUCUUUCUCGCCAGGUGUUGUAGCUAGGAGUAGAAGAUAGCAAAUGACAGCUUUGCAUGGCUGGAAAACUAGCUGGCGGGGGGUAAUACUUCACGUAGCUCUGCUGUUGGAAAGCAACGCCUGGUUGGCAACGUACUCGACCCGUUGUCAAAACCGAGCCAUUGCCUGCUUCAACCGCGACUGGGAAAAGUCAACCUCCAUAGACCAAGUUUCUUGGGUAACGAACGAGCACGUCUCUAGCAGCGGAACUGCUCCUGGUACUCCUCUCGAAUGGUACAAUGAUCUUAUUGAUCGCCGGUUGGAAGAGGCUGAUGAAUUUCCGAUUGAGCCGCAAGAGUCGCUCGAAGAUGGAGAAAAUGUUCCUUUAAUUGGAUUUCUUGAUCUCUUACACAUGGCCUUUGCGGCGGCGACAUCGGCCACAAUGCGGGCUAAACGCCGAGAUUUUGUUAGCACGGUACAGAACGCGGGUGGAUACUGCAUUGUUAAAUUGGAGGAUCCGGAACUGUCAGUUGUCGAAGGAAUGUGGGAUGGCAUUGACGAAAUUUUUGCGAGGCCACGGCACAAAGAUACGGCAGUGACAGGAGCUACGCAACUCGAAUUACGCCAUCAAACACUUACUCGCGAGGACACGACUGAAUUGCACCAAAACAGUGGGUACAAAUUCGUUCAAAUUUCCCUGAUAGACAACAGUAUUCCCUACUUGGCGGACAGCGUUGGAAAGCAAUCCGCCGAGCAAGCUGGACGGGUAUAUCAGCUUUUUUCGCUGCUGGCCAAGGCAUUUGCGUCGGUAUCCUACGCUGGAUCAUCCACGGAAUCAGAGCACGUUGCAAAUAAGGGCGAUCCCAAGCAGGCGUCCAAUUUGCUUACAAAAAUGCUAGACGACCCAGGCAAGCCUUUCAGCGGGACUUUCCAUCGUUUGGCUAAGUACGUACCGGUCCUGGAAGAGGAAGAAUGGAGCGAAUCCCUCCGAUCCCAUUGCGAUUGGACGCUCGCGACUCCCAUUCCAGUGUCGGCGACGGCUGGACUGGAAAUUUUCAAUCCGACUAGUCAAACUUGGAUUCGACCCGAGCAAACAGCUAAAUCUCUAUGGGAGCACGAAAACGGAGAGCAUAGACCCACAGACGAUAAACGAUGGCACAGUCGCUACGUGAUUGUAAUGACCGGGAAGUGGCUUGAGUUGAUCAGCAAGGGAGAGAUCUCGUCUUGUAUUCACAGAGUAGUGUCGGUACGCGGAGAAAAUUCUCGUUUGAGUGCUCCUUUUUUCAUGAGACCAAGGCCACAAGUUUUUUCGGAUGCCGAGGCCGUUCAAUUCAAAAAUAGGACAUCUGGUAAUAUCGAGUCGAUGCAAGCCAUUGGUGAGUAUUUGUUGCAAAAGUACGGCACUGACAGUGAGUAUAUUGAAAGAUGAAAGCAAGUAUUCAAACGAAGGUUUUUCUACG